AUGGCAGAGAAUGGCACUGUAGUGACAGAAUUCAUUCUGAUGGGGUUCCAGCUGCGGGCAGAGCUACAGAUGGGUCUCUUCGUUGUGUUUCUGGUCAUUUAUUUCAUCACCAUGGGGGGAAACCUGGGCAUGAUAGUGCUGAUUCAGAGUGACCCUCGUCUACAGACUCCCAUGUACUUCUUCCUCAGCCACCUUUCCUUCCUGGACAUUUGCUACACCUCUGUUAUUGUCCCUCAGUUGCUUAAGACCUUGGGUACUGAUAAGAUGGUCAUCACCUACGAGCACUGCGCCACCCAGUUUUUCUUUUUCACACUCUGUGCUAGUACCGAAUGUUUCCUUUUGGCUGUCAUGGCCUAUGACCGUUAUGUGGCCGUGUGUGACCCCCUUCUCUAUGCCGCUGCCAUGACUCCACAGACCCGCCUGGGGCUGGUGGCUGGGGCGUAUGCUGGGGCCAUGGUCAACUCUGCCAUCCGCACUGGGUGUACCUUCUCUAUCUCCUUCUGUAAGUCCAACCAUGUGGACUUCUUCUUUUGUGAUCUCCCACCCCUUCUGAAGCUUGCCUGUAGUGAGACCAGGCCACGGGAACGGGUGAUCUACCUCUUAGCUUUCUUAGUCAUUACAACUAGCAUUUCAGUGAUUCUUAUUUCUUACCUAUUCAUCAUUCGGGCUAUUCUGAAGAUUCGUACAGCAGGUGGCAAAGCCAAGACUUUCUCUACUUGUGCUUCUCACAUGACUGCAGUGGCCCUUUUCUUUGGGACCCUCAUAUUCAUCUACCUAAAAGGUAACAUGGGCAAAUCUCUUGGGGAGGACAAGAUUGUGUCAAUAUUUUACACCGUGGUCAUCCCUAUGCUGAAUCCAAUGAUCUACAGCCUGAGAAACAAGGAAGUGAAGGAGGCUCUGAAGAAGGCUCUUAACAGGGUAAGGGUUUCCCAAGAAGAGUAA